CUUUACGAACAGUCAACGCGGCAAACAGCGGCGAGUAGUAGGAAAUCCACAGCGGGUUUCAGAGAGCGAGAAACUGACCUUUUUGUUGAACAAGUUACGUUUUGAACCGUUGUAAAUAUGUUGUAUUAGUGUUUGAAUAUUAGACACGAUGAGCUUUUCCAGUGAUGAAGUAAACUUUCUGGUUUAUCGAUACCUGCAGGAAUCUGGUUUUCAACAUUCUGCGUACACAUUUGGUAUAGAAUCUCACAUAUCCCAAAGUAACAUUAAUGGAGCAUUAGUGCCUCCUGCUGCUCUCCUGUCCAUACUGCAGAAAGGGCUACAGUAUACUGAAGCAGAAAUAUCGAUAGGUGAAGAUGGUACAGAACAGAGAAUGGUGGAGUCCUUAUCCCUCAUCGAUGCUGUUAUGCCAGAUGUUGUUGCUACAAGACAGAAUCAAAUCAACCAGCAAAAGCAACAGAAGACUGAUGUUCAAGACACAAAUGGUGAAGAAGUUGUCACAUCCAACGAGGGUGUUAGCAGCAAUGAUCGAGGAGGCGAUAGAAACGAGAUGGAAGUGGACGAACAGCAGCCAGGAACAGGCGCAGGUUCGAACACGAGCGCAGUUGAAAUACCUGCGAGUAAAGCCACGAAACUACGCGGACACGAGUCGGAAGUUUUUAUUUGCGCAUGGAAUCCAACGACCGACCUGUUAGCUUCAGGCUCAGGUGAUAGCACCGCUCGUAUUUGGGAUAUGUCGGAUAAUUCACAAGCUCCCAAUCAACUUGUUCUACGUCAUUGUAUUCAGAAAGGUGGAACCGAGGUUCCGAGCAACAAGGAUGUUACAUCGUUAGAUUGGAAGUGUGACGGAACUUUGCUGGCAACAGGAAGUUACGACGGUUAUGCAAGAAUCUGGACUACUGACGGUAGAUUAGCAUCUACCUUAGGUCAACAUAAAGGUCCGAUCUUCGCGCUGAAAUGGAACAAGCGCGGUAACUACAUACUGAGUGCUGGUGUGGACAAGACAACCAUAAUCUGGGACGCCGAGAGUGGACAGUGUACGCAGCAGUUCAGUUUUCACUGCGCACCGGCGUUAGACGUAGACUGGCAGACGAACACGUCGUUCGCCAGCUGUUCGACGGACCAGUGUAUUCAUGUGUGCAAACUCAAUGUCGACAAACCCAUCAAGAGCUUCCAAGGACACACAAAUGAAGUUAAUGCGAUCAAGUGGGAUCCCCAAGGCAAUUUAUUGGCGAGUUGCUCAGACGACAUGAGCUUGAAAAUCUGGUCCAUGAAACAGGACUCUUGGGUGCACGAUCUGCAAGCGCACAGCAAAGAAAUCUACACUAUCAAAUGGUCACCGACUGGACCGGGUACGCAUAACCCGAAUAUGAAUUUGACAUUGGCCAGCGCCUCAUUUGACUCUACCGUUCGAUUGUGGGACGUGGAACGGGGUGUUUGUAUACACACGUUGACGAAGCACACCGAACCGGUAUACAGCGUAGCUUUCAGCCCCGACGGAAAGUUUCUUGCUAGUGGUAGUUUCGACAAGUGUGUUCAUAUAUGGUCGACACAGAGCGGACAGCUGGUCCACAGCUACAAAGGAACGGGAGGCAUUUUCGAGGUCUGUUGGAAUAGCCGUGGUGAUAAAGUCGGAGCAUCUGCUUCCGACGGAAGUGUAUUUGUUCUUGAUCUUCGUAAACUAUGAUUGCUUUCACUUAGCAAAGCGUAUACUAGGUUUAUACGACGAUUUUAUUAUGAUUUUAAGUUACCCGAGUUUGCAUUAACAGUUCGACAUUUUGUCAUGAGGCUUUUCGCCUCAGCUACGUUAUACGAAAUAAUUCGCGUGUGAAGUGAUGUGCAAAUAGAUUUAUUUUGGCUUGCAAUGUCGGUUGUUGCAUGAGGAAAAAUCUCGAGAAGUUGUGAACAAUUAUGUCGUAUGAUGAUUCAUAGUUGAAAAUGAAAUUCAUGAGAUUUAUACACUUUGUGUUCUUUUGUGAAAUGCAAAAACAUAUGAAAUUUAUUUUAUUCUAUAUUUCAUCUGCGACUGGUGUUACGUAUCAUUUUAAUGCCAUCUUAAUUGCACGUGAAUUUUUAUUACGUAAACUUCAAUUACAAUGAAGGUUCAAUUAUAUACGCUUAAUUAUUAAGAUAUUUACUGCAAGACAAUUUUAAAACUCGACAAAGAAUCUAUCUUUGAAAUAUUGUCUGGCAAUUUUGAGUAAUUCUGUGUAAUUAUACUAAAGUUUUCUCAGUUUUUUUUUUUUUUCAGUGUUUAGUACAUCAAUUUUUAAUCAUACAUAUUUUCAUCAAUUAGCAAUUAUUUAUGCAGGAACUGUAUAUUAUUAACAAGUUCGUACAAGUUGACAAUGACAAGGCGUGUAUCUAAUAACGAAUACUUUUAGUUUUACAAGCGAUUAUUUGUGGAUCAUUCCCUCAAUAUUUCUUCAAAGUUCCUGGCAUCUUGCUGUAGCUAUAUCGGAUCGUGACGCGGAAGCGAGGAAUUACAAAUGAUUUGCUUGGCUCGAUUGCUCUUACUGAAGAAGGUUUACCAGUAGUAUUUUGGUUAAUGAACCUGGUUCCAAAACCAUUAAAAAACAAACAAGUGAUUCACUAUUAUAAUAUGUUAAACCAAGCUGGAUUUUAUAUCUUUCUCUACUAGAGUAUAAUAUGUUACUUCUAGCCAGUAUCUCGUGGAGGCAAAGAAAAAUCACUAAAAUUCAUCAAAAACCACACCAAAUCAUCUUAAAACUUCAGAAAAACCUAAAAUUUUGUAUCUCCCAAAAAUCUUCCUAUUAUUCAAAAAUCUCAAAAUUAAGCAAAAACAUUAAAAUUUAUCAAAUCCUCUUAAAUUUGGUGAUAAUUUUACAAUUUUUUAUGUUUUUCUAAAUCAGCAUUUCAUUUCUAGCCGGAAUCUUGUGAAGCAAAGAAAAAUCACCUAAAGCCACCAAAAUCUAGGUACAUUUACCUCAAAAAUCGCAAAAAUAAAAGAAAACUCACCUCAAAACAAUCCUUGGGUCUAGCAACUUUAGCGUAACCAAGAUGUAAGUUCUUCAAAUAAUAUAAGCUUUUAAUUUAAAACGCUUAAAAACACUCGUAUUCUAUCACAAAAAUACGCUAGAAUUCCUGGCUGGUCCCUUUGUGAGAUUAAACAAUCAGUUAUUAUCGACUGUGGUUAAAGUACUGGCCAGAAUUUUGUUAUAGUCGUUACCAACACAUUUUUGGGAGAUACAAAAUUUUAGGUUUUUCUGAAGUUUUAAGGUGAUUUGGUGUGGUUUUUAAUGGAUUUUAAUGAUUUUUCUUUGCCCUCACGAGAUACCAGCUAGAAGUAACAUUAUAUUUUACUUCCUCCAUUUAGUUUAUGUGCAUGAAAUAUUAGAUCCUCCUUUUAGAGUUCAUGGAUUAAUAGAAUUUAAAAUCCAUUUGCACAUCUAAAAGAGCACAUAAAUUGAAUUACACAUCCAUUUGUUCGAGAAAGAACUAAAGGAGAUAUGAUACUGAUAUAUUAUCAAACACAUAGUUUUGAAUGUGAUAUUAUUAGAUACACAGCUUGAUUUGCAUGCUACAAAAGUCUAAAUCAAUGUAUAAUAGACAUAGUGAGGUACAAGUAAUAUAAUUGUUUCUUAUAAACUUCUAAGACAAUCUAACGUGUCUACAGUCGAAACGCCAGGAACUCUGAAAGUUGCAAAGAGAAAUGUAUAUUAAUGAUAUUUUUAGUCAUGAUACUCUGUACAGCGAAACAGUUCGAGAAACUUUAUAUUUACAGAAAACUGGAUUACUAUUUUCAUUCACGAUAAGUGAAUGGAGUACAUGUUGUAAUUGUACUAGUAUCAUAAGAGUGUUACGUAAACAUUGACAAUGAAUAAGAAAAAUAAACUUUUUUAAAGAAAAA